CAUCAAUCCACCCUCUUGCAUACUGCCAACACACGCAUACCCGUCACUCUCAUGAAUUGAAACGUUAGGAAACUGCAUGGUGACGCAAGUUGCUCCAAGUAAGAGCAGACAGGAUCGCUCCAGUCUUUCGCAUGCCUUGGUUGCUCCGAAAUCAUCCAUCCUAACACAGCAGCCACAGGCAAGACAGAAGACCACCACCACACGCAACAUUGUCUAUGGUUCCUUCCCCAGACACACAAACACAUACCUGUGUAAGGAACUCAUAAGCUUCUGCCGAACACCAGGCUAAUGACGCCGUCAGUCAUCAAGCGCCGCACCAAUGCCACGGUUUUGCGAGCCCAGAGUCUUGGGCGCGCCAGCUGCCAUGGGUCCUGCAGAAUGCCUGGGGGCGGCUGCUCCGUGGUGUACAAUACUAUGUUGGCCUGAUCGUUGCUCUUCUGGAUCAUUGCGUAUACAGCGAAUGGGUCCUGCUCCCCGUCCCCAUGGAGGAAGACGUAUUGGGAUCUUGCGGGCCCGUUGAUAGAUGAGGACUCGGCCAUGACACGAACGCUGAAGACGGGAUGCUGGCAAGGAGAGCCCCGGGAGACGUCUGCCACAUGAUUGACACAUGCAGAGUAGACAGAGACACAGGUGGUUUGGCUUGCGGGGCGAGUGCAUGUGUGUAGUGGAGGACUGGUACUUCACGAUACCGAGAGACGGCAGGAUGUCCCUUCGAUGGCGAGAUGGUUGAUGCAGCUCCAUGCUGCUGGAUCCAGCCGGGACACAGACGAGGAAACCAUGCCCCUCAAAGGGGCAUUGGCAUUCUGGCCCAAAUAAGGUAGAUUGACAGGGGCCCUGCGCAAGAUACCAUCGUCUGGGCGUCGACUCAUCAUUUCUAUGCCUACUUCGUGGCCAACUUGAUGACUACAACGUCGCGGAAACAGCGGAAAAUCUCGGUGCCAACUGCAGACGCCAAGAUUGCAGCAGACUCUGAGUCGACCUCGUAUGAAUCAGCACAUGUCUCUCACCUCUGCAGACAGGAUCCCUCUCGUCAUGUGUCGAGUAGAAAACAUUGGUGUCGUACAGGGACCAGAAAUCGCGAGACCCCGCGACCAAGAGGUUCUCAUCGCCCAAUCUGCCCACACUCUGUGCGUUGAUCGGCAGCAAAGGGAGGCCCAACUUGUGGCCGAAGACCUGCACGGCACACAUGCACAAAUCGUUGCUUUCAUGCUCUCCAUCUUGUAUCGACGUGUGCAUGCUGUCUGUGUUACCAGGUAUUGCUUGAGGGCGUCCGGCUGGGUAUUGAAGACAGACUUGGAUAUCACCUUCUUGAUGUCUGCCGCCGUCACGAUGAUCGGCAGCGCCGUGAGUGACCCAACGUGCCGAGCGAUGUGGAGCGCGCCGUCCCAUCCUCCCCAGUCCCCGCCGUUCUCCAGAACCCAUGCCAGCCCCAGCAGGUAUGCCAGCCACCCCAUCAGGCCCUGUCGCAACACGCGCCGCUCUUGCUGCAUGCGCAAGAUGCCAUCGAGUCCGUGAAGUGAGUGUCACUACGUACGUCGUGUCGUGCGGCAUUGCGACACAGAUAGACAAAAC